CCAGAACACACUCGCUGGCGCAGGUUGCGGCUGUGGGAUGGUCAGCGCGCAUACAAAUUCUGUGGACGAGGCACCGGCCUGUGCGGCUGGGAGCGUGGAAUCGAUGUGAAAACCCCCCUCGCCGGUGAAAGUCGACAACUCUCACUUGGUCGUGCUGUCACCCCAUUGCUCUAUCGCCCGGCCGACUGUUCAGUCCGUCAUUCGAGGUAUUUGUCGUCGUUUGAAGCGGUCUAUUCCCGUUGUGGAUUGUUAUGAACAGUCUCCCAGCCGCUCCUUCCCACGAAAAAAUUGGCUCCCUCUUUUCUUCUCAUCUCAACUCACCUCACUUUCCACCCUCUCUCACGCUCCUUUACCAUCCUCACACUCCUUCUACACCAUCCAAUUCCUCGAAUCUUCUUGGUAUUCGUCCUCACUCAUCACAUUCCUUACUACAGCACACUCUCUUCAUUGAUUUCAGCGCGUCACCUCAUUCCCUAACCUCAAAAUUUGCACUUCUGCCAUGUCUCCACCACGUGGUCCAGCCAUGGCUUCCUCUCCUCACUCUACUGAUGAGACAACCAAUCAUGGAACUCCAUCCACCAACCUGACUGCAUUCACUCCUGAGGCCGACUUCGGUUCCAAGGGUCGUGUCUCCGACUUCGGUCGUCCUGUCUUGAAGCUUCGUUCUACCAAGCCCAAGCACGCCAGUGUCUGCGACGAGUCCGAAGAGGAUGUCUUCCUUACUGCCCCGGUUGCAGCCAAAGGCCAGCAACUCUCUCCUACUGCCGAAGUCUUCACUCCAAGACUGUCCAAUGGCUUCAUGAAGAAAGAUGGCAAGACCCAGGCUGGAUACAUUGACCGUGCUCAAGACAACAUCGCAACUCGCAUGCCUGCUAGGUUCGCGUACUAUCCAAUCGAUGUUCCUGGAGUUCCGCGUUCUGUUGUGCCCCCUCCCGCGCAUCCCAAUGCCCGUCACUAUGGUUUCGGUCUGCUCAAGCUUGACCAAACCCCAUUCAACAACGUGGCUGGCAUCCACCUCCAUGACUUCAGCAUCACUGAAGGCCAGUUCAGCAUUGAUGAAGGUGUCUCUCGUUCCUUCGUUGUCACUGGUGUGCAACAGCUAGUCACUUCUCAGACCAUCGCCCGCCACUUCCCCGCUGAACGCUUGCCAAGUAUCAGAGAUAUCAAGUCCACCGCGAUCCAGAGCGGCCUCUUCAUGUUGUCCUGCGCUGAUCUUCGCGACGCAAAGAGAGCCAUUGAAGUCGCCAAAACCAUCAUGCCCUCCUCCUACAUCUUUCCUCUUCGAGCAAAGAAAUACGUGUCUGAUACUGGUGGAGACCCAUCCUUCGUCACCGACCAUGAAGGACAAAUCAUCGUCAGCAUCUACUACAACGGCCAUGCCACUGCCCCAGCAGUUGAAGCAGCCCCGGUUGUUGCUGAAAUCAAACGUCUCCUUGCCCAAUGUGGUGAUGUCAAGGCUUUCCAUACCAUACCUCCCACUCAGACUCACAUCCGCGAGAUUCAUGUGGAAUUCUUCAAUGCCAACCUCGUUGAUGUCGCCAGAGAUGUCGUUCGUGGAACCAUUAUCCAUGGUGCUGUUCUGGAUGUCGCGGCUUUCCAGCCUGAUGUUCGUGUUCCGACUCAGUUCGACGAGGAUCACCACGAACAACUUUCUGUCACUGGUCGUUCGAGAGUCCCCUUUGAUCCUGACUAUGAUCGUAUCGCUUAUGCAAUCCAGCGUGAUGGUCUUCGCAAUGGUCGUCGCCUCAACCAGGCCAUGAACCACAACGCCGUCGACAUCGCUCGUAUCCAGGCAGGACUUGAUGUUCGCACCACUAUCAUGCUCCGUAACAUACCAAAUCGCGUUGAUCAACCCAUGUUGAAGAAUCUCCUUGAUGUCACCAGUCGUGGCCGCUACGACUUCAUGUACCUCCGCAUUGAUUUCGCAAACAACUGCAAUGUCGGCUAUGCCUUCAUCAACUUCGUCGAUGCUCAGUCCAUUAUUCCUUUCGUCCUUGCUCGCGCCGGUAAGCGCUGGAACUGCUUUGCCUCAGACAAGAUUGCCGAGGUCUCUUAUGCCACCAUUCAAGGCAAGGAUUGUCUUGUCCAGAAGUUUCGCAACUCUUCCGUCAUGCUCGAGCAUCCUGCCUUUCGCCCCAAGCUCUUCGUCGCUGGUAACGUUCCAAAUGCUGGUCAAGAGGAGAAGUUUCCUGGCCCUGACAACCACUCUAAGAUGCGUCGUUCAGUCGAGAAUGCCGAGCAUGUUGGUCUGUACCUCCCACUUCGUUUUAAUCGCGGCUGGUACCCCAUGCCACCCCGUGGUGCUGCUGCCUUUCGUCGUCGCCAUUUCUUGCGUCGCACCGGAAGAUUCAACGUUGAUGAGACUCGCCGCGACGGUGUCUACUUGCCUGUUGCUCGUGCCAACAAGCCCAAUGUGAAGACUGCACCCAAGGCUUUCGCAAACAACGCACCUCCGACAGUCCCUCGACUUCCCUUCGUGAUUGACACCCGCAGUCCUUAUGACCCGUUUGCCGGUCGCCCCUGCCGCAACUCUCCGUGAGCAUACUUAUUCUUAUCUCGUCUACGACCUCAGCAUACUGACUAUUGCUCUCUAUAGGACUUUUCGCUCCUAGACAAGGCCAGGUCUAUCGUGAGGAACAACGUCGUCGCCGCUCGCAAUUCGACCGAGGCACCCCUGGUGCUGAGAACGAGUUGGGCGUUACACCUCGCUAUCGCCUACAAGAUCCUGCGCUUGAACACAUGGGCAAUAUUCAUCUUCCACGUUAUUAACACAAAACAUGAUGGUGGCGCUGGACGUCUUUCGAUGUUUCAGGUCACACCAUGUUGGCAUCAUGGACUGUUGGUGGUGAUCAAUACCUGUGGUCUGGAGGGCCGCUUCUUGCCUGUCGGCUUGGAUGAACUUCCUGCUUGACUUACGGAAUGGAUUGAGACACUUGGUCUUUUGAGAUCAAGUUGGUCUCAACCUGGACAUGCAAGGAAAAAGCGCGCUGGACAACUUCCCCUGUCAUCGAGUCAUCAUUAUCUUUGCCCCUUGUCCCCCCCUGUGUUAUUACACAGGCGAUCCCCUAAUACUUGCAAGUUUUCCUUUUCUCUUUGCCUUUUCUUCAGAAAAAAAAAUGUGAGCAGGGUCUUCUAUGAAAUCAUGUGCGGCGGUGAGAUGGGAUGGAGCUUGGACUUUUCUGAAGAC